GCAGUUGGAAAGCCAGCUCCAAGGAUCUCGUGAAGGCUCAGAGCAUCCGGUCAUCCUAUGGGUACUAUGAACUAGCACAAAUGCAGUAUAUUGAGGAUGAAUAUGGUGGCUUGGGAAUGUUAGAAGUGCAGCAAGCUAUCACAUGGAAGGAUCCAGUCAAGACCAGGAAAGAAUCGGCCAAAACCUUGAAAAAGCCAGUCAAAACCAGGAUGGUACCCGUCAACCAUAUAGCCAUCAGGAAACAGAUAACCGAGCCUUCCCUGCAACCAAAGAGGAUUGGCCAGGGAAUUCUGAAAACAUUUCUGACAGCCCUCAGAGAGUUUACGCUAAGGCACAAAGAAGGCGGGAAACUCUAGGAACAGACGGUUACAGCAGUGAUGAAGAUGAAGUCCAAAGGCUGACCAUGCUGCCCCAAGGGCCAUCAGUUGUCAGUGAAGAGGAGUUGACCCAACUGGCACUGAUCAAGCCAUCACGGUCAAAAUGUGGUCUGCGACAUAAUGCCAGACAACUAAUCCAGAAGAUUCAAAGACAAAUGGAAGAACAGGAGAUCCUGAAGGAGUUUUUGAGUUUAGAACACCUGAAGCCCCUGGAUGACUGCCAGGUUGCCAAAACACCAGAAAACCGGGAAAAGAACAGAUACCGGGAUAUUCUCCCAUAUGAUGCCACCCGUGUACCCAUUGGAGAGGCAAAGGGCUACAUCAACGCCAGUUACAUCCAUGUGCCAGUGGGCACAGAAGAGCUCUGGUACAUCUCCACACAGGGCCCGCUGCUUUCUACCACCCAUGACUUCUGGCAAAUGGUCUGGGAGAACAACUCCAACGUCAUUGCUAUGAUUACAAGAGAACAGGAACACGGAGUAUCCAAAUGCCACCGAUAUUGGCCUGAGCCACCUCACAAUUCUUUGGAUUUACUUCGCUUUCGGCUGCAACUACUCAACUACCAAAUCUUGGAUUAUUUUGUCAUUAGAAUCAUAGAAAUGAUCAACAAACUGACACAGGAAAGGCGGGUUGUGCAGCACCUCCAGUUUACGAACUGGCCAGACCACGGGACUCCCAAAUCGUUACAGCACCUGGUCAAAUUUGUUCGCUACAUGAGAAAAACUCACCAGUCAGGCCCGGUCAUUGCUCACUGCAGUGCUGGGAUCGGAAGAAGCGGGGUGCUGCUUUGCGUGGAUAUUGUGUUGAUUUACAUAGAAAAGGAUUUGUGUUUUGACAUCAAGCAGAUAGUGACCCACAUGAGAAACCAGCGCUUUGGAAUGAUCCAAACCAAGGAACAGUACGUGUUUUGCUAUGAAAUAGCUCUUGAAGCUCUGAAGAACAUCCAGAGUAGGGAUUCCCAGUAAGGACAGCCUGCAGUUAUCCAAGACUUCAGACUCAUCUUUUUAAUUGCAACUCAAGAUGCGAAGAGAAGCAUUGUAUACACUGGGCUGCAUUCCACUUCAGGGUCUGAAAACAUGAACUCUUAAAGCAUCCGCCCAACAUAGGAAAGUCAGUGUAGACGGAGCGCUAGCUGUAUAAACAAGGCUGCUUGUGACUGAA